AUGUCAUCCACGCCUACCACUCGAGAAAAGCUGGAUGUCGAAUCGUCUCAAGCGAGAGAAGCCCGUCUAGGCAGUUUGCUAUCUAGUAUAUCUUCCCCAUCUUCAGACACACCUAAAGGCACAUCUCUGCCAAGUCCAUCCAACCCUAUACCAAGUCGCCCUUCAGCCAUGCCGGAGAGUGAUGUGUUAGCUCGAGCGAGAGCCUUCCUUCCGAUGUUGCAGGAAUCAAACCAAGAAUUACUGGCAGCAGCAGCUCAGAAUCCUGAUUCGGUGAAUAUCGAAAAGAUCAAUGGAGGAAAUGCGAUAGCUAUGGACCUGGGACUAGGUGUCUUUGCUGCGCCAUCAGAUUCGAAAAGCGAUCUAGGACCGGUGAUAGAUAGUGAACCACCUGCUGAGUUGACAGCUCAAGGGCAGCAAAGUGCUGAAGAAUCGGAAGAGAGCGAUGUGACCUCUUCUUCCGAUAGCAGUAGUGAGAGUAGUGAAGAUGAAAGUGAAGAAGAGAAAAGCAGCUCAUCUGACAACCCGGAUCAUUCAAGUUGA